AUGAAAUUUCCGAUAGCACCUGAAGGCAUCACUAGCUUGAAGUCACCGCAGCUUCAAAGUUUCUAGCUUUCCUCCACAGAUUAUACAAGUUGCGUUUAUUCAAGCAGCUAUUUAAUUCUUAGAAAAUGAACGACUGACCAGUGCUGGGCCAGCAACACGUUUAAAACGGGUUAUUACGUUUUAAAUGGACGUAAAAACUGACAAGACAGCGUCCACCUUCUAGCUAAAAGCUAACAACAUCCCUCAGCUGGACAUCUCUGCUGCUGUGAAUCUGCUAACCAGCUAGUCCACUCCUGGGUCAGUUUCUCUGUAUCUGAAGAUGGACAAGUUCGUGGUGAGGCUUCCAAAGGGACAACCACUUCCAAAGUCAAAGAGCAAUGAAAAAGUGUACAAACAAACUACUAUUGAAUCUUUACGGGUAAGCCAUCAGUCCUAUCAUGAUUAAAGUCAAUGUUAAUGUUAAACAGGUUUACUUCAUUCAUAAUCUUUGUGUUUCCUACAGAGGGUGGUUGUGAUUGAGGAUAUUUUGCGCUAUAAGUCCAUGUUGGAGCUGCCAGAGCAGAGCAAAGACAACCUGCUGAGCGCCCUGACAGAGCUGAGCAAGAAGAUCCCAUCCAGAGAGGUGCUCAAGUCCACCAGAAUAGGUAAACAAGGGAAAAUCCAAUUCAACUUGACACUCCUGACAAAAGAUAAAAUGAUUACUGAUGUCUUUUUAAAGUUCAGCCUGUAGAAAACACAUUAUUAUAUCAUAUGAUUACAUCUAUUGAUACUGGGGAUGCAGGGGUCAGUCCAGACUUAACCUGUAAUAAUAAUAAUAAUAAUAAAUUUUAUUUAUAACCCGGUUUAACAGGAGCUCAAAGAUGCCAUACAAAGGAAAAGAAGAAAAUAAAUGGAAAAAACACAAUUUAGAAUACAGAAAUUUUUGAGAAAUAAAACCAAUAAUGUAAAAAUUUAAAAAGACACAGUAAAAGAACUGUUCAAAGGUUAAAAGCCAAUUUAUAAAGGUAUGUUUUUGAGAGUGAUUUAGAGGUGUAAACCUGGAAGAGUGAUGUGAAGGAGGAGUACUUUUUUUUUCAUCGCAGCAUCAGCCUCCGCCAUCAUGCUUUCAACACCACACUGAGAGUUGAACAGCAUAUUCUGCCCCUGCCCACCAUUCCUAUCAUUUGGCAGGGAAAUAUCAUAAUCUGAGGCACAUGUGUAACAUUAGUGCCAACCCAAGAUAUCAUUUUUCAGUGUUAUAUCUUUUUAAAAACGUAGCAUAACCAAAAUCAUGUUUUAAUCCAAUUGGCUUAAAUCUUUGGGGACUUAAUAAGGGAUUGUUAAGGAUUGUUAAACCACUCCUGCACAACCUUCUGGAUCCGUCCCUGUAGUGGUGAAUCACUAUGUAUAUGUAUGAAUAUUAAGUGGGAGUCCUUGAAAGAUGUAUACCCGUACACUUAAUUAAGUCAGUUUUACCUGUGAGAAUGAGUUAAAUUCAUGGAAUGAACAUUGAUAUUUGCUUAACUCACCUCAUUUAGGUCGGUAAUGGCAGCAUGGUAUAUGGGUGUCUGGCCUGUCACUGUUGAGAUUGCCAGAAAAACUGUCCCUUGAUUACAAAAAAUAAGCCUAGACUCAAGAAAAAGAGAAUAACAAAUUCAAUAUCAUAGCUUUGUUAUUCUGGGAUUUUGAGAAAUUUACUGACAUUGAAGGAAAGCAGCUGGUAAUGACAACAAAAAGAAAACAAUUUUCCAAAAAAGGAAAGUAUUUAUACAUGAUAACUUCAAUCUUUUGUAAUAUUUAGUACUCUCUUAUACUGUGAUUAAACUUCUGGUUCAUCCCCCACUUUCCAAGCUGUGUCUUCCUCCUGACACACUUCUCAUCUAAUUCUGGUUGCAGUAAUUAGUUCAGCCCAUGAUGAAAAACCUCUCCCCCCUUUUAAGGUCACACUGUCAACAAAAUGCGAAAGCACCUGGACCCUGAGGUGAGCUCGAUGGCAGCAAAAGUUUACACAGAGUGGAGGACGUUCAUCGAGGAGAAUUCCAAUAAGCCGUCCAUUGAGGUGCGCUCCGACAAACAAUCUGAAGGACUCCGAAGCAAUGCAAGAAGACUAAUGUCUGAGGCCCUGGAGGUCAAGGUGAGAAAAGAUGAGUCUGAGUAAAGCCCUAAGCAUCGGACAUCUCUUUGUAUUCAACCUCCUCUGAUAUCCCACUCCUCAUUUACAUUUUACUUUAUAUGUAUGUUACAAGGAGCUGCAGUGUGUUGAAACCUAUAUAUGGCUUCAAAGAUAAAUCCCCAUCAUAUGCAUGAGUUGCAGCUGUUUGCAGCCUGUUCCCUUAUUGCUGUAUCUUAUAAAUGUUUAAAGACCUUUACCGAAUCAAUAAUGUCUUCUUAAAAUUCAGCAUACAUUAUCCAUGCAGCAAGCAGCACUUCAAUGUUUAAUCAAAUUAACAUACUUUUGCCAGCUUUAAGUGGCUUUUUAUGCUGUGAAAAAACUAUAUGGUGGCUGCAAUGACUUUUUUAAAAAUUGUUUUAUCUUACCUGCAGGAGGGUUCGGGUCUCAUUGACAACAUUGAGAGAGAAGUGUUUCACCAGAGCUCCCGGUUAGUAAGCAGCUCGUACAGACGGACGGUCAGGGCGCUGGUGUUUGCGUUCAAACACAACCCUGAAACCAGGACUCAAGUGAAGGACAGCACAUUAUCAGUCAGCCAGCUGGUCUCCAAGUACAAGAAGUGAAUAUUUCUGAAUCAGCUGUGCCUCCUACUACAUAUUGAACACUUUUGAUUCUUUUUAACUUGAAAUUUUAUGCAGGUUUAUUUUUUGACACAUACAACUUUAUCUUGAACUUUUUCUAUACUUUUAUUUUCUAUUUUUGCAAAGGAAAUAUAAAACAUGUUUACAUGUCAUUUGUGGCACAUCAGUAGACUUUCACUGUUUUUAAAACGAACAAUAAUGUUGGUGGGAUUAUUGUGCCACCUGUGUACUUGAAUCAUGAUUUUUUCUGCUUGUAAGAGUCUCUCAUGUUGUUGAUUUGCCUUUUUUUAAAUACAAAAUUAUGUGGUACAUCUGAAAAAUCCAUCAUUAGAGUCCUUUCUUAAAGCAGCACCAGCCAAAUAAUAGCAAUCACCAUGAGAAUUACAGCCAGAACACAGAUGCUAAUGAAGACGAUAUCACUCAGGUCAUGCGGUUCGGCUUCUGGACCCCCUGUAUCGCCACCACUGUCGUUGUCAGUCUGCUGAGCCUGCUCCUCCAGACGACGCUCCUCCGCUGAAAUGAUGGACACUGAUGCUAUCUUCCGCAGUGCAUCACACUGCACCUUAUAUUCCUGCACAUUCUGCUGCUUCCCAUCAGAGAAAUCGAUAUAGAGUUUGUUUACCAGCACAGUGAUGUUCCGAUGUUUCUGUAAGGGAACAAGAGAUGCAGCUUUAAUAGCUGUAAAAAAAAAAAAAAUCAAUAUCUACAACUGAUAAAUUAUUGUAAAUCCUCCCAGUAAGUAAUUUAAGACUGGGUCUCAUCACCUGGCCUACAGUCCCACAGUUGACAAAUUGGGCAAGUAUCUUGUAAGAGGUUGCUGUCAGCUGGGCUGCACAUGUUGGGUUCCCCAGAUAGAUCCUCUCCCGGUCUAGUUGAGGUAAAGACUGCUGAGGUAUCAGAAUGGUGAAUUCUGAUCUGGUACAGCUAACGUUUACAGGUACCACUUGGAAUGAAGAGAGAAAAACAUAAAAGUUUAGACUUUUCCUCGACUGCACAGAUAAGAAAAAUAAAGAGAUAAUGUAAAGAUAAUGUUUUUGUUUGAAUUUUAAGGGUUAUGGCUUACAACUCGUGAAAAUCCACUAUGUCAAAACAUUACAAUAUCGUGGAAAAGUCCAGUUUCUUGUCAGUUAUUUCAGUCCUAAAAAGAGCUCUAAUCAGCUACUGAACUCUGAACACCUGCAAAGGUUUACUAAAGAGUGGACUGAGGCUUAAGUCAAAGCAUCAAGAGCCACUACACACAGAUCUGUCCAGAAAAUGGGUUUCAAGUAUCGUGUUCCUGUUGUCAAGAUUCUCUUAAACCAGAGAUAAUGUCUAAGCGUCUCACCUGGACUAAGAAGAAAAAGAACUGGAGUUGUUUGUUUGAGAUAAAGUCAAACCAAACUUCUGACUGUAUGACAAAAAGCAGGAGUCGUGACAAGAGGGGAUGGCUUAUAUCUCUGUCUUAAAUGAGUUUCCACAAGAAGCCAAUUUUCUGCUUUAUAUCUUUGGUUUUUAAUCUCAUAUUUCUGGAUUUUAGGGGUAGUUUUUUUUCUUUCUUUUAUAGUUGACAGACUUUUAUAAGACUCCUACUUAACUAUUUUACCUCCGAGAUAAGAAGCAGUGAAUCCUCUGUGAGCCUCAUCUCGGUCUGUGCUGAGUACCACCAGCAGCUUAUUUCCCUUCGACACCAGAAAGGGAGGCUUUUCCCGACCGCACCAGCGCCCCAGCAGCGUAUCGGUCUGACUGCCCCCGUCGUAAACUGCGAUGUAGUCGUAGUCGCACUCGUCUGACAAGCUGUUGCGGUCCUCCAGGUCCAUGAUGGGGAAGUAGAGCUUGAUGCGGUAUCCAGCUGCAAGUGUGAUGCUCCAGUGGCAGUUGAUGUUGUUGGGGUAGAUGUUUGGGAAGUGAGGGCUGCUGAAGUUGCCGCUCACAGCUGAAAGGACCUGCUGGCAUUCACCUGUUGAUUUAAGGUAAGUUACUAAACUUUAUUUAUAGUGGUAGACAUCUGUAGCACAUCACACUUACACUGAAAAAUUGACAGUAUCAGGAUUCCUCCAGGUCCCUCUGAAAUUGUAUGUCAGGAUUUAAAUCUCUUUGUUUAAUGCUCAGCGGAGGCAACAGGGAUUGUAUUUGCUCAGCUGUCAAAAAGUAAUCCUGCUGCAUUUAAAUUGAAUUCAAGUCCAGGCAUUGACUGGACCACUCAAGGACUUCCACUUUCUUGUUCCACUGUGGGAAGGAUGGUGUGAGACAGAGAAUGAGCUCCUCUCGGCUUAGCUCGGAGAUUGUGAUCAACUUUGAGGCAGAAGUGUUCAAUUUUCUUCCCAUCAGGUGACAGUAUCUUUUGUGCAAUGUUCUGAAUCUUGUACUACAUUGUUUGAAACCUCCAGUGUUGGAUAAUAUGUCCAGUUUCUUUUUACCCCCAGUGUUGAACAUUGAUCCUGUAUUGUGUCCUCUUGUCCAGCUCAGGUUUUAGCAGCUCUUUGACAGCCCCCAGCUGGGAUAUAGAUCUCAGAGUGACAUUGAAAGGCUUUGUCAAAUUUAGUUUUACUUGAAGACAUUUCAAAGAACUCAAUAAUACCUUCUGCUGUGAAUUUCCUAUUGUAAUUCAUUUAUCACACCAGACUCACCCACCUGAGUAAUAGUAGGCCUUGAACCCACGUCCACCGAUGUUGAAAUCCGACUUGAAGACUACCAGAAGCUGGUUGGAGGUGGUGACAGUGUUUGGGGGUCUAUCCGCCCCGCAGUAUUUGCCCAGGUGGCGGUGGGUGACCGUCGGGCCAUCAAACAUUGCCACAAAGUCAAAAUUACAGCCUUCAUUAUUUUCCAGCUGGAAGUCCAAGAAGACCAACGUGACCACGCUGGUGUUGGACACGUGGAUGGUCCAGGAGCAGUCUGCAUUGUUGCUGUACUCCCGAGGAUAGCCUGGACUGGAGAUGACUCCUGAUAGACCAGUUAGGACUCCACCACACAUAUCUGGAAAGCAUGAAAGGUAGAAUUAGGCUCACAUUAUCAUGAAGCCCAUUAGAUGGAUUGUUGUUCAUGGUCCCCAAAGGAUGAACCACAGUAACAUCGACUGGGUGAAACAUCUUUGGCAUGUCACCUAUUUUGCCCAUCAGUGUAAACUUUUAACACCUCUUGAAUCAAUUGUUGUGGCAUUUCAAGAUCUCGGUUCAUUGUCCACUGAGGACUUACUUCUACUACCAUAAAAUUUUAUCCUCUUUGAAGGGAAACAUCUAGAAAAAGAGGUUGUCUAUCUGCUUAGCAUCAAAGUUUGGUAGGUAUAUUCAAGGUUCUCAGAGGAUUGUCAUUCAUGACUUUAUUAAUACUUUGAAAAAAGGAAAUGGCAAUUUGGCACAUACUGUAUAUUCAAUGUCCCCAGAGGCCAGUCCCUAUUAUGUUUUAAACACAACCUUCUUUGGCUUCUCUAUAAGCUGUAACCUCAUUGGUUUGACUGCAGUAUCUCAGCAAGCAUUGACUGGAUUGCUUUAAAGAUUGGUGCACACAUUCAAGGUCCCCAGAGGAUGGAGACCAAUCACUUUGGCUGCUCCCUGACUAACUGUAAUCACUCCAUUAUUACUGGAUAGAUUGCCAGGGAACUUGGAUAAGAUAAUCAAGGUCCCUGGAGGAUAAACCUUUAUUAUUUUGGGUUAUUCUCUUAUGACACCACAAUGAGAUUGACUUCUUGGGUUCUGUAAAGCUUGCUAUGUAUAUUAUUGAUCCCCAGAGGAUGAACUGCAAUAACUUCAGCUCCCUGGCCCAUCUCCUAUAUUUAGCACUGUCAGGUCAAAUUUCAUUUUCGUCCCUCACCUCAUUAAAAACCUGUCGGAAACUAAUGACAUCAUCUUUAAGCAUGCUUUGUUAGCCCGCUAACACUUCACAUGGGAGAUGAAAAUGUAAAUGUGAUAGCAUGCUGAUGUAAGCACUUCUUCGCCUCCGAUCAGCCUCAUAGAGCCACUAGCAAGAGUCUGGACUGUUUUCAGUCUUUUUGAUGGAUAACGUUUUGGUGAGUUUUAAGUUCUCCGGUGAGAUUAGGAUCAAGAUUUUAUUGCCAGACAACAUCAGCUCAAGAAGUAGGUGGUUAGCCAACAGAUUCCUGUCACACUGUGUCAUUUCUUAUGAUAUUACCUUUUCUAUAGCCAACACUGAAUCCCCUUUGGGCCACGUGGCGGUCUGAAUGGAAGAUGAUUGACAUGACAUUCCAAGAAGAGGUGAACUGUGGUGGGGAGAUGUCACCACAAAAUAUCCCAAGGAGGUUCCCCUCGUCCUCGGAUAUGCCAUUAUAUAUCUUGAUGUAGUCGUAAGCACAGCUGGCAUGGUACUCUAGUUCAAAGUGGUGAAAGGUAAGAAGGACAGAGGAACCCUCCGCUACCACUAUAAGCCAGGAGCAGUCGAUGUUGUAAGGAUACAAGCCUGGGAAGUUUGGACUGGAGAUAUUCCCAGAUGGAGCAGAGAGGAUCCCUCCACAUUUGACACCUGACAAUUGCAAGAAAGGGGGUUUAAUUUUAGCUCAAAGGAAACAAUACGAAGAAGUGUUGAACUCUUUCCUGCUUAAUUAUUUAUCUGGCUAUUUUUUCCAGCAUCCUGGUGCAACCUCUGAGAAAGUAUAACCAGCUGACAGUGAGCAACUGAGACCCAGCUCUUGCUAAAUACACAGCACCUUUUAGAUAAAGUGCCUCCAUCAAAUUUAAGUUUCGAAGCAUCAGAAUAACAAAUAGCGACUUACCUUUUUUAGAAUAAGCCGUGUCAACAAGCAGGAGAAAAUGAAUCAGUGUAGCCGCCCAGAGACUCAUGUUGUUAUUGUUGAUUCAGCUUUUGUCACACCUCAGCUGAGAUACAUGCAGAGGGAGACAACGGCAGUGUCAGAGCGCAGAGCCUUGACACAUCAGCGUCGGUGCCUGUAGCGGUAAUAGGACUUUGAAAAAUUCAUUCACUGCCUGAAUGAGGAACCUGAUACCUACCCGGGCCACGCUUUGCCCUCUUCUCUAAAUUUUAAUGACUGAUAUCCAGUGAGCAGGGGUGGCUUGUCAGGACACUGUUUGGAGAGAUGCUAUACAUUUUUAAUGAUGGUCAAACAGACACACAGUGAGCAGCAGCUGUGAGUGGAGUUGAUAAAAGAGACAGGAAGAAAGAGGGGAUGAUCACAUUUGUCAGUAAUAUAAAUGGCUUCAUUACAGCGACGUAGGGAAGAGAAGAGCACAAAACUAUUCAUGUGUUGGAGCGUGGAGACUUUGCUUUUAUCUUGAACAACCAGAUUAAGCCCAACAGGAAGUCAUCUGAUCUUAACUUUGGAUGGAAAUCAAUGAGGAAAUGCACAGUUGUCAGGAGUGAGAUGUAGGACCAUAUGUUUUGUUGAUAUUGAUGAUAUUGUGUUUCACACUUGAAGAUUUUAAGCAUAGCAGCCCAUUUGCAAAAUAGGAAGUGCUGAUUUGAUACUAGACACUUCUAUUUACUAUCAUCACUAUCUUGUUAAGAGACAAUUCAUGACUGAACAUCCAAGAAAGUGCAAUAAAGUUUUUAAAAAUUAACAUAUUUCUGUUUGCAGACAAGGAAUUAGAACCAAUUUUUUGAUCAAAGUCAUAAAUUGGCAUUUUGGGAAACAUGCUUGUACAAAAAUGUCAAAACCCAAUAACAACUAUCAGUAAUUCUGAAUGGCAAGAGCAACACCAGGGACAACCUGAUCACAUACACUAUAUCAAAUCAAUCUGUGAAAGCGCUCUGGCAUUUUUAUUAAGUUUUUUAUUCAACCUACUCCUGGUGACAAUGUGUGAAAGAGGCUUAUUUUUUGAUAGUCUCAGUAAUCAGUAGGGAGGACAUUUUUAAUAUAACUCUUAGUAUCUUCAGGAAACACAAACAAAAGGAGAGAAAAAGGCAAGAGGAACAUCCCUGUGGGCAACAGGGAUGUUCAGACUCACAAGGAACUAAGAGAUGAUAAUAGAUGCUAAGCAAACACAAACUGUAGUCUGGGCUCUGGCAGUGUUACAGGACUGGUUGAGUGAGGAAAAGCAUAAAAGUUGCAGGGGGAGGACCUUUCAAAAGUGCAUUAUAUACAUUUUCUUCAACUAUCAGUUAGGGUUGGAUAUCAAAUUUUCACCUCAUGAUUAUCAUGGACAUUAAACAUUUAUGAAAAUUUUUAAAGUGAAACAACACAAUCAGACAAUUAAAGAAAGGAAAGACAAAGAUGGGGCAUCACAUUACUUCAUACACAAUUGUAUAUUAUGCUUUUAUUUUGGCUUUUUUUCUUAUUAUUAUUUUUUAUUAAAUUAUGAAUGUUUAAAUAUUUCGUAGUCUGAAGAGGCAAAAGAUCUGAUGUUGUUUUUUGAUUACUAACAAAUCUUGGCUCUUAGUCUUAAAAGUGCUGAAUCAUCUCUUAGAGGGCUGCUACAGCUAGCUCUUUAGCAGGCUGCUGCUUCUCCUUCGUCUAUCCUCCAGUUACCAUGAUGUGCCGUUACCAGCUCAAAGAUCACUACUGAACUGUAAGCUUAUUUUUAGUGCAGUAUUGAUGUAUGUAUACCUAAUUGUUAUCAUCAAUACUGGUAUAUUGCAACAGCUCUAUUCUCAAUAACACCGCAAGAAAAUUGUUGCCAUGUAACCACUACCAACAGUUAAUCUGAGGGCCUAUUUUGUCUCUCUUGUUCGUGUCAGGAUAAAGUAAUGUGAGUGGGUGGUGAUGCAAAAUAGAAUCCCGUCAAUGUGAAUAAGGGUUCCUCACAUCUCACUCCACAUCAUACCCUACCUACGUACAUGUGCUUUUAGACACAGCGGGUCAUAAUUGCAGUUAUUUUCCUCAGCAGGAGCAGUUACACUUAGGUGUUAUAUUGUUAUGAAAUAACUACCAUCUUGUCUUGAGGUUACAGCUCAGGGCAAAGUACAGCUUUGACUAACAGUUUUCCUCUUUUCACUCUUUUUAGGCGAAACAAGCUAGAUGCUGUGAAGCUCCUAUGGACUCAUAUGAAAGAGAGAGAUACUCUGUUGUCCCCUGAGGGGAAACUUGGGCAACAGUGCAAAGUAACAUACAGCUCAGUUCUUCCCAUCUCUCUCAAACAAUGUGCUUGAAUACACAAACUAAUGGUGACAGAUGGUAAUGAUGAUAUCCAGUUCCUCUCAGGCCAACAUCAAGGGGUGAAAACACAGGAAUCCUGAUGCUAUGCCAUGCUCAAUCUAUCUCAACACAAAGAGCACAUCCCAAUACAUAUUGAUUUAACAUUUGUUGUCCAGUAAACAAAGGGUUGAGGUUCAGAGUCGACUGUGCACAGUUGUUUUGUUGUGAGCUUUAAAUUGCUCUUCAGUAAUGAUGCUUCAUUAAAGCCCUCUCUGUUGCAUUAUGUGUUCUAUGUUUGUGAUUUAGUUUCAAUUACAGUUUUGAAUGUUUCAUUAUGUACUAAUUGAACACAGUAGACAUACGUGCAUUACGACUCAAAUGGAGAGUUAUCUUCCUCUCAUUAUGUAAGCUACUUUAAUGCAAAUUUUGUAUACAGUCUUAUCUGAGAGGAAUACUCUUAGACAAACAUUUUGCUGUAUUUACUAAAUGUCGAUCAUGUCCCAUGACUCAUUCCUCCUAUUUUGGCAGUUUUAUCGCUGAGAAAUGCAGACACAUAUAAACAACUAUAAUCCUGACUGGAUGGGAUGUAUAGCAGACAGGGAGAUAAAGUACUCUUACUAGAAACCUUUUCUGCAAACAAAUGCUUAUUAUUCCAGCAGUGCUGUAAAGGCAGAGCUUUUAGAGUGAAUAUCUAAUGGCCUCAGUGAUGAUAGCUAGAGCACAGAGAGCCCUGCUAGAUGGUGCUGUUGCACUAUGGGAGCACAGUGAAAAUCACCAGCUUUUAAAAAGUCACUCUGAGCUCUAAGCUGAAAUAAAUAAGGAUGUGAUUAAAAUCAGUCAAGUGUUUUUCACACAGCGGUUCCUGGAACUAAAAUGAACCGCCUUGCCUUUGAAUUUUAAUUCUGUCCUCUCUGAAAGCUUGUCAUUGUUCAAGGAUGUGGAUAUUGGGCAGUGCUGAAAUGUGUUUCAGAAAGAUAUCAUUUGUUUGGAGCAAUUAAAUCAACUAUUAGAGAGUAAAUACUCAGAAAACAAAUGAGGGAACUGCUGGAAAUUUCCUUCAGAAUAAAGAGAAACUUCAGAGAAACAAACAGGAGGCUUUUGACCCAGCUCUUGAGGCUUAAUUAAAUGAUGUUAGUCCAAAAAUACAUGAAAUGGGUGUUGGUUACAACUAAUUUUAUUCAGCAGUAUUAAAAUCUCAAUCAUGGACACCCUGAAUUAAACACUGAUGGGAUUUAGCCAGUUGGCAGGUGAGAGGAGUGACUAUAAGUGUCUCAAUGUGUUUAUGUUGCUGUGGGAUGGGGUACUUGACAGCUAAAGCAUCUGGCAUCAUUUGAUCCGGAAAAAAAAAUAAAAAAAGAAGCAUGGAGGCACAGGAUGUGAAUGUUGAAA